AUGGAAACUGGAUUUAUUAAGGCAAAUGGUUCGAAUUUGCCGAGAAUUGAUUGUUUUACUUUGGUCAAUUUCUUUGCCACAAAUAGUGACUUCAACUCUGCUGAAUUCAUAAAUGUGAAGAUUUCAAUGUCCUCAAGACAGGCAUACGGAGAUGAUGCUGUCGGAUAUGUUCAACUUCGUAGAGAUGCCAAUCUAUGCACAGUUAAGUGCAAAAUUUUCCCAGAACAUAAAGUUCGUAACAAACAAUACUCUGCCACUAUGAUUGUGGAUGAAGAAAAUAGUGCAAUAGUGAGUGUUGAGUGUCAUGAUUGUGCUGCUUCCCAAGAAGGUUGCAAACAUGCUGUAGCAUUUAUUAUGUGGGUGCAUCGCAGGAGUGAAAAACCUUCAUGUACUUCUGUUGAGUGCUACUGGAAAAAGUCCCGUCUAGCUAAAGUAGGCACUUCUUUAAAUUGUAUUACAUCAAAGGAGCUCUCCAACAUAGGUCAACGGACUUAUAUACCAGAUUCCAGGGUGCUAUGUGACUUUUUGAAAGAGUCAAAGAAAAGAAAAAUCACGAAUGUGUAA